AAAUGCCGGUGUCGGUAUCCAAAAAUAAACAAAAACCAACUAGCUGAAGAAAAAGAGAAGGAUAAAUGGAAGUUUGAGCCAUGCACGGAUCCUGGAAACUGGUGCUGCCCGUCGGCUUUGUGCUGUACUCGCUGCCGUUGUUUCUGCGGGUGAACAGCACCUCGGACUACAUAAUCGAUGAGGAGUUCCACAUUCCACAGGGCCUGGCAUUUUGUCGCAAGCAAUUCGAUGUGUGGGACUCGAAAAUCACCACCUUCCCGGGAUUGUAUCUUAUUGCACUGGUGUUGCAGCCGUUUAACAGUUGCACGGUUACUGGUCUUCGUCUCUUGAGCUUAGUCGGAGCAGGCGUUAACAUUCUGCUGCUAUAUAAGAUACGUCGGCGUACUCUGGCCGGCACUGGAGGCAAUGCUUACGCAGCACACGAGGCAAUAACGCUAUCGGUACUGCCACCAUUGUAUUUCUUCAGCCAUCUGUACUACACGGACACGUUGGCAUUAACCAUGGUGUUGUUGUUCUACAAUUACUGGCAACAGGAGGCCCAUCUGCCAGCUGCAGUCUUCGGUGCGGCAAGUGUGCUCAUGCGCCAGACGAACAUCGUUUGGGUGUGCAUGUGCUGUGGCAUCACCAUUCUGGACACGUUGGUGCAGCAAUGCGUCAAGACGCGUCCCGGGAACAAGAAGCAAAUACGACUCCUUGGCAGCGACCUUUGGCUACAGCUCCUCGGCAGUCCUCAGCUGCUUUGCAAUUGUAUUUUGAGCAUUUUGGGUAAAUGCUGUUUCUAUGCAUCGAUUAUACUGCCAUUUAUUGGAUUCAUCUGCAUCAAUGGAUCCAUUGUGGUGGGCGACAAGAGUGCACACGAGGCUACGCUCCACUUGCCGCAGAUCUUCUAUUUUGCCAUAUUUGCUGCUGGCUUUGGCAUUUCCAAUACGCUGCGUCAGUUGCGUACGGUUUUAACGCUGCUGCGACGUCAUCUGCUGCUCACGUUGCUGGCCACUCUCCUGAUAGCUGCAGUGGUGCAUUUCAAUACGGUGGUGCAUCCGUAUCUGCUGGCUGACAAUCGUCACUACACCUUCUAUGUGUGGAGUCGCCUGUAUGGGCGUUUCUGGUGGUUCCGUUACGCCAUGACGCCACUGUAUGUGCUCGCACUGGCGAUCCUCUGCUGUGGACUGCGGCAUAUGCCUGAUAGUUUUAAGUUAAUGUUUCCACUGGCCUUGCUGCUGGUGCUGUGCUUCCAACGUUUGCUGGAGUUGCGUUAUUUCCUGGUGCCGUAUGUGCUCUUCCGACUGAAUACGCGACCCACACGUAAAGGAUUUGCCGAGUGGAUGGAACUGGGCGUACAUUUACUGCUGAACGUGGCUACAUUCUAUGUGUACUUCACCAAAGAAUUUUACUGGCAAAAUUAUCGCACUCCGCAGCGAAUCAUUUGGUAAUCAACCACAUUCCCCAACUAAAAUACAAAAAGGUUCAUCCUUUGCAUUUUUUCAUUUGAAUAUUGCUUUUGUUUAUUCAUUGCAUUGCUACUGGAGUGAUAAAUUGCUCUACGUUGUCAGUUAUAAAAUUCAAGAUCGGUUGUAUGUAUAUAUAUAAAUGUAUCUGAAUAUUGUAUUCAAAUGUUGUGCACCCGAAAAUUUUCUUCAAUAGAUUCUUACUGGCUAGUUAAAAAGUUGCCCAUAUAUAUAAUACUGCCGAGGCGGAUAAGUACACACAUUUACUACAAAUAUCAGUUAAAAACAUGGACAUGCAUAUGAGAAAUCUAUAAAAAAUACAUUUAUGAAUGCUGAUAUAAAGACA